CACCUCUCCGCACUUUCCCGUCCCUCGGCAUCCCCAUGGCCGCCCCCCGGCCGGCGCACGGCUGCGGCAGCGGAGCGCUGCUGGGGCGCUUCGGGGUGCUGCUGCAGGCGCUGCUGGCUCUCUGCGCCUUCAGCACCCUCAUGCUGAAACGAUUCAAGGAGCCAAAGGCAGAGCGGCGUCCCUGGAGGAUAUGGUUCUAUGAUACCUCCAAGCAAGCCAUAGGUGCCCUCUUCAUCCACUUUGCCAAUGUUUUUCUGUCUGAUCUCACUGAGGAGGACCCUUGCUCUCUCUACCUUAUUAAUUUCAUCCUGGAUGCCACGCUGGGGAUGCUGCUGAUCUGGCUGGGUGUGAAAGUUGUCUCCUGGAUUGUUCAGCACAAGAAAUACACAUACCUGGUCUUUGGGGAGUAUGGUGACCCUCCACAAGCUGCUGCCUGGAUUGGCCAGUGUAUCCUCUACUUGCUGAUAAUGGUUUUUGAGAAGACUGUGAUUAGCCUUGUCCUGCUUAUCCCUGGUUGGACAAAGCUUCAGCAGAUCCUCCUGGGUUACAUCCCAAGCCCUCAGCUGGAGCUGGUCCUGGUGAUGUUUGUUGUGCCUUUCAUAGUCAAUGCCAUUAUGUUCUGGGUUGUGGACAGCUUGAUCAUGAGGAAAUACAAGCAGAAGGAUGCCCUAGACAUCAAUGGAUCCACAGAAACCCCUCGGGCCAGGAGGACUGAGGAAUCUCAGGUAUUGCUCUCUCCAGACAUGGAUUUUGAUCAGUCUGAAAGCGACCAGGACAUUCCAGGGCUCUGGGGAACCAGCCAGAAGAUGAAGCAGCCCAGCUACCAAGUGGUCAUCUGACAGCAGCAGGACAAGGGAGUGGAGGAAGGAGCAGCACUGUGAUCCUUGAGCUGGCCAAGGAAGGGCAGGGUGGGGAAAAAUGGGUGUCCCUUGUGGAUCUGCAGAGAUCCUUUUGCCUGCCUCAUCUUGGAUUUAUCCUGCAAUUGUGGAUGCUGUCUGUGCAUCCUGGACAGGCUUGAGCAGUAUCUGCUUUACCUGUUUCCCCCACACGCAGGCACGUUGAGGUUGGGGAUACAGGGAUGGAUUUUCCCUGGCUGGACAACUGGGUGUGACUUUUUU